CAGAUUCUCCCUCAGUAGUGAAUACAGUGACACAGAAUCAUCUUCGUCAGAGCAGAGGAGAGCUCACCUGAAGCAGAGCAGUAUGGGAGCAUCAUCCAGUUUACUGGAUGAAAAUAAAUCCAACUACAUAAAAGGGCAAGUGGACGAGAAAAUUAAGGAGUUUGCACCGAUUUAUAGGAAACAAUAUUCUCUGGCUUACCUGUCCCAGAUCCGAGAUGAAUUUGAGCAACGCAAAGAGGAGCACACACAGUUUCUCAAACAACGGGCCUCUCCAGAACCUGGAAAGGUGCUGUAUGAAGAGAAUGUGCAUUGCUUUGAUGACAGCAGGAGGUGGAAGGUUAGAUAUAUAGUAAUCCGUGCCACUUACAUCCUGGAGUGCUACGAGAGCUACAAGACCUUUUUAAAAGGGUCGGCUCCACUACACAGACUGAUACCUACAGGGGGCACCAUUCUGACUACAGAAGAGAAAUACAUGGAAAUGAUUGACCAGUGCUGCCCUUGCACUAACAAUGUCCAGGAAGAUUUUGCACCUCCUGUGGUGGGCAUGCCAGGGCAGUUCCCAGUUUAUCUUAGACUUCCAUACCGCCGGGAUUUCUAUUUCUGUUUCCAAGAUGAGAACUCUCAAGUUGAAUUCAUCUCCAUCUUAUCUGACUGUGUUCGCCACCAGAACAAAGAUUUUCUCAAGAAGACGACGUGCGAGGUUAAGGCUUUUCUCAAAGCCAUUCAGCUCUAUGGGCAGAAGAAAGGCCAGUAUGAAUCAUGGGAUAUGCUCGUAGGCAGUGAUGUGCGGGUUCUUGCUAAUCUGUUCAUGGAAGACUUGAUGCCCUAUCUAGAGAAAGAAUUGCAGCCAUGUUUGAAGAGCAAGAGGGCAGACAAGAGGAGAGUGUGGUUUGCGACGGUUGAAGCUGCUUAUUUCCUGUUGCAAGAGCAUCUGCUGGAGAGGAUAUCCACACUGAAGCAGGAGUGCCAAGAGAUGGUGAAACAGCAGGAGGUGAUCAUGCGCUCUGAUAUGGACCAGAUCACCAGCUCAAGAGCUUUCCUGGAGGGCAAACUCAGAGCCAUGGUAACUGAGCCAGCAACAAAAUACUGCACAGAGCAGGUGCAGCCGUACCUGCCAGCCAUCUUGGAAGAAGUGAUGGGGCCCAUCAGCCUGGGCUUCAUAGAGGCCCGGGACUUAAGUGAGAGCAUGAUGGAGCAGCUGUGUCAGGACUUCCAGGACCCUGAGCAGAGGGAGGAACUCCGACAGGCUCUGUUUAAGAUGAGUAAGGCUAAUUUACAGAGCUGUUAUGAGAAAGUGAAUGGACUGGCAGAUCACGUCCAAGAGCUACAGCAACCCUUCAACUAUUGCAUUAAAGGUCUAGUGGACAGCACACAGAUAGACCUAAAACAGCUGAUGGAAAAUAUAGAGUACACUUUUGAGCUGCUCGUGCGAAAGGCUCUGGAGGAUCCAUCGGUCAGCCUUUCGAUGGCUAUGCAAAAGGCUUCAAAUAGGGUUCUGAAGCAAUUUGACUAUGACAGCAGCACAGUGAGGAAGAGGAUCUUGCAGGAGGCUUUGAUCAACAUCACUCUACCCAGCAUCAAGAAGCAUCUGGCCCCAUCCUUCAAAGAGGAGCUACCUAAAUUUGAGCAGUACAUAUUUGCUGAUUAUUCAAACUUCAUCAAUGUGGAAAACGUGUACGAGGACAUAAUCCAGCAGAUACUGGAAAAAGACGUCAGCAUGGUGGUCAAGGAGGCAGCCAGCAAGAAGAAAUUCAACCUGUUCACAGAGAGCAGGUACAAUUUCAGUGUGUCCAGCUUAUCCUUCACACCCCCAGGAUCUGCACCCAGCAGCCCAGCACGCUUAAACACAUCCCCAAGCCUGCGCACGCCCCUGCCGCCCUCCCCGCUGCUGGGAAAUGGCCUGACAGCAGACAAAUCCAUGACUGUUCACAUGUCAGAAAAUAGUGCAAUGGGUCAAGCUCUGACUAUCAUGGAAAAAAUCGAUGAAGGAGAAAAGACUCUCUUAGAGGAGAGCAGUGAUGACGUAUUUUUCACUGCUGAAACAUCAACCUCGAAUACAUCAGCUGAGACUAAACCAGACCUCACCACAAACGCCCUGGAAGCUUCGGUCUGUUCCACCCCUUUAAUAAAGGAAACAGAAGCUGUAGAAAGUGCUGGUACUUGUGAUUCACCAAAAGGUGGUGAUGCAACUUCUUCAGACUUUGUUAAUAAACCCACAGUAGUAAUCAACCCAAUCUAUAUGAAAACCUCUGGUUCUGAUGAUGAGUCUGCUGAAACUGAGGAUCACAGGAAUGAAACAAUUAAGACGUCAAAUGAUCAAGCCCAGAUUAAUUCACCAACACGUGAUGAAAGCACAUAUCCGAUAUCAGUUUGUUUAUCUACUGAAGAUCCAAAAGUUGGAGAUAUCUACAAAGAGUUCACAGGCAAACAUAUCAUGGACCUUUCAGAAAAAUCCUCAGAAUCCCAGUCUUCACCAAACAUAGAGGAUGAAACCAGGCCCCUGGACUGUGUGAAGGAGAUCCGGGACCUUGUAGUGGAGGUUAUUGAAAUAGAGGAUGUGGUUCAGCCUUCCAAAGAAAACGGAGAAAAAGUUCAAGUUCAAACGUUCGAGGAACAAGAUGCUGUAGUUUAAGCUUCAAUAAUUAUGUCGGGUCAGGAUUCAAAACUUGUUCACCCCUCCAUUUUCUGUGUGAGGACACAAAUUGUACAUUUUUGGAGUUGACUUCAUCAUUGUGCAGAAGGUAAUUAUAGUUUACUGUAGAUAUAUAUGUCUAUAUACAGCACCAUUCAAAAGUUUGGGGUCAGCAAGAUUUUUUUUUUUUAAUGAAUACUUUUAUUCAGUAUGGAAGUGUUAUAUUGAUGAAAAGUGACACUAAGAACAGUAAUAAUGUUACAAAAAAUUAUAUUUUGAAUACAUGCUGUUCUUUUCAACUUUUUAUUCAUCAAAAUAUCUUUAAAAAAAGUAUCACAUUUUCCUCUAUAAUAAUAUGCAGAACACAUGUACAAUAACAUUUUAAAAUAUAUU